CGGCGGCAGGAGAAUGGCAUCAGAACUGGCAAUGAGCAACUCCGACCUGCCCACCAGUCCCCUGGCCAUGGAAUAUGUUAAUGACUUCGAUCUGAUGAAGUUUGAAGUGAAAAAGGAACCGGUGGAGACCGACCGCAUCAUCAGCCAGUGUGGCCGUCUCAUCGCCGGGGGCUCGCUGUCCUCCACCCCCAUGAGCACGCCGUGCAGCUCGGUGCCCCCUUCCCCCAGCUUCUCGGCGCCCAGCCCGGGCUCGGGCAGCGAGCAGAAGGCGCACCUGGAAGACUACUACUGGAUGACCGGCUACCCGCAGCAGCUGAACCCCGAGGCGCUGGGCUUCAGCCCCGAGGACGCGGUCGAGGCGCUCAUCAGCAACAGCCACCAGCUCCAGGGCGGCUUCGAUGGCUACGCGCGCGGGGCGCAGCAGCUGGCCUCGGCGGCCGGGGCCGGCGCCGGCGCCUCCCUGGGCGGCAGCGGCGAGGAGAUGGGCCCCGCCGCCGCCGUGGUGUCCGCCGUGAUCGCCGCGGCCGCCGCGCAGAGCGGCGCGGGCCCGCACUACCACCACCACCACCACCACCACGCCGCCGGCCACCACCAUCACCCGACGGCCGGCGCGCCCGGCGCCGCGGGCAGCGCGUCCGCCUCGGCCGGUGGCGCGGGCGGCUCGGGCGGCGGCGGCCCGGCCAGCGCCGGGGGCGGCGGCGGCGGAGGCGGCGGCGGCGGCGGCGGCGGCGGCGGCGGGGGCGCGGCGGGGGCGGGGGGCGCCCUGCACCCGCACCACGCCGCCGGCGGCCUGCACUUCGACGACCGCUUCUCCGACGAGCAGCUGGUGACCAUGUCGGUGCGCGAGCUGAACCGGCAGCUGCGCGGGGUCAGCAAGGAGGAGGUGAUCCGGCUGAAGCAGAAGAGGCGGACCCUGAAAAACCGCGGCUAUGCCCAGUCCUGCCGCUUCAAGAGGGUGCAGCAGAGGCACGUCCUGGAGUCCGAGAAGAACCAGCUGCUGCAGCAGGUCGACCACCUCAAGCAGGAGAUCUCCAGGCUGGUGCGCGAGAGGGACGCGUACAAGGAGAAAUACGAGAAGCUGGUGAGCAGCGGCUUCCGAGAAAACGGCUCGAGCAGCGACAACCCGUCCUCUCCCGAGUUUUUCAUAACUGAGCCCACUCACAGGUUGGAGCCGUCGGUGGGAUACACCACAUUUUGGAAGCCACAGCGUCAUGUGCUUACCCGUGUGUUCACAAAAUGAAAUUUACGUGAGAACUGUAUUUUUAUUAUUUUUAUUACUAUCUGCAGUCAUGGAACACAGCCCACCCCUGACUUCUGUUGAGUUUCCUUUUUUAAAAAAUAAAUGUGUUAAGAGAUGAAAGCUAUUAAA